AUGGCGGCGGCGGCCGAGCGGAGCCGCCUCAGCUUCCCCGGCGGCACCGGGGCCCUGGGGCGGCCCGUGCCUAUGAACCUCUUCGCCACCUGGGAGAUCGACGGCUCCAGCCCCAGCUGCGUGCCCAGGUUGUGCAGCUUGACAUUAAAGAAACUGGUAGUCUUAAAGGAAUUGGAUAAGGAGCUUAUUUCCGGGGUCAUUGCUGUCAAAAUGCAGGGCUCCAAGCGCAUCCUGCGCUCCCACGAGAUCGUGUUGCCCCCGAGUGGACACGUGGAGACAGAGCUGGCACUGACCUUCUCUCUGCAGUACCCUCACUUCUUGAAGAGAGAAGGCAACAAGCUCCAGAUCAUGCUGCAGCGGCGCAAGCGCUACAAGAACAGAACCAUUUUAGGCUACAAGACCCUGGCUGUGGGAUGCAUCAACAUGGCUGAGGUGAUGCAGCACCCUACAGAAGGUGGCCAGGUUCUGAGCCUUUUCAGCAACAUCAAAGAGGCUCCGGUGAAGGUGGCAGAAAUCUGGAUCUUCUCCUUGUCAAGUCAGCCAAUCGACCACGAGGACAGCACGAUGCAGGCCAGCCAGAAAAUCAAGUCUACAGACAACUAUUCCGAGGAAGAGUACGAGAGCUUCUCUUCUGAGCAGGAGGCCAGUGAUGAUGCCGUGCAGGGCCAGGAUUUGGAUGAUGAUGAGUACGAGAUGGGGAAGCCCAAGAAGCAGCGGAGAUCGAUAGUAAGAACGACGUCCAUAACCAGGCAACAAAACUUCAAACAGAAGGUUGUGGCAUUGCUGAAGAGGUUUAAAGUGUCUGAUGAGGUUCUGGAUUCGGAGCAGGACCCAGCAGAGCACGUUCCAGAGGUGGAGGAGGAUUUGGACCUUCUGUAUGACACGCUGGAUAUAGAGAACCCCAGUGACAGCGGGCCAGAAAUGGAGGAUGAUGACAGUGUCCUGAGCACUCCAAAGCCAAAGCUAAAACCUUACUUUGAAGGACUGUCACACUCCAGCUCUCAGACAGAAAUUGGGAGCAUCCACAGCAUCAGGAGCCAGAGAGAGCCACCAAGUCCUCAGGUAGAAGUGCCUGAAAAGACAAAGAGUCUUGGAACCAAACAUGCAGGCGACAGUGUUUCUGACACUGUCCCUUAUGAGUCUAACCAGCAAGCUGAGGUCCAGGAGGCUGAGCUCCCCACUCCAGAUGUGUUUGUGGAGAAGCUCCCACCCAGUGGGAAGAUCACAAAGACAGAGUCCCUCAUCAUCCCAUCCACCAGCAGGUCUGAGGGGAAGCAGACGGGCCGGCGGGGCAGGAGCACGUCGCUGAAGGAGAGGCAGCCGGUGCGGCCGCAGAACGAGAGAGCCAACAGCCUGGACAACGAGCGCUCCCCGGACACCCGGCACCACCUACAGAUCCCCAGGAAAACAGUGUAUGAUCAGCUGAAUCACAUCCUGGUUUCUGAUGACCAGCUGCCAGAAAACAUUAUCCUUGUCAAUACAUCUGACUGGCAAGGCCAGUACCUUUCAGAUGUCUUGCAAAAGCACACCUUGCCAGUGGUCUGCACAUGUUCCUCUGCUGAUAUUCAGGCAGCUUUCAGCACAAUUGUCUCCAGGAUACAGAGAUACUGUAACUGCAAUUCACAGCCUCCAAACCCAAUUAAAAUUGCAGUGGCAGGAGCCCAGAAUUACCUCAGUGCUGUGUUGAGGCUCUUUGUAGAGCAGCUGUCUCACAAAACCCCCGACUGGCUGGGCUACAUGAAAUUUCUGAUCAUCCCUCUAGGCUCCCAUCCAGUGGCCAAGUAUCUGGGGUCUGUAGAUUAUAGAUACAACAACUUCUUCCAAGAUCUGGCCUGGAGAGAUCUGUUCAACAAACUUGAAGCACAGACCACUGUUUCGGAUGCGCCCGACGUCGUGUCCCGGAUAACUCAGUACAUAGCAGGGGCAAACUGUGCUCACCAGCUGCCCAUUGCUGAAGCCAUGCUGACCUACAAACAGAAGAGGAAAAAGAGCUUUCAUUUUGAUUUUACCAUAAGCCCCGACGAAGAAUCUUCGCAGAAGUUCAUUCCCUUUGUCGGGGUGGUGAAGGUUGGAAUAGUGGAACAAUCUUCUGCAACAUCAGGUGACUCUGAUGACGCCGCUCCCUCAAGUUCCGUUGUCCUCUCUUCCACCCCGCCUUCCGUGUCUCCUGCUGUGAAAGAAGCCUCCCCCACGCCCCCUUCCUCACCAUCUGUUACAGGCAGCUUCUCCUCCCCAAGCCAGGGCCUCGGUGCUGAGCUGAUGGGCCUGCAGGUGGAUUACUGGAUUGCAGCUCCACCCAUGGACAGGAAGAGAGACCCAGAGAAGAAGGACCCCUCCACCACCAAAAACACACUGAAAUGCACUUUCCGGUCCCUGCAGGUCAGCAGGCUCCCCGCCAGCGGCGAGAUCGCCACCACGCCAACCAUGUCCAUGACCGUGGUGACAAAGGAGAAGAACAAGAAAGUGAUGUUUUUGCCCAAGAAAACAAAGGACAAGGAGGUUGAGUCAAAGAGCCAGUGUAUUGAAGGAAUCAGCAGGCUGAUUUGCACAGCGAAACAUCAGCAGAACAUGCUGCGUGUCCUGAUCGACGGCGUGGAGUGGAACGACGUCAAGUUCUUUCAGCUGGCAGCACAGUGGUCCUCUCAUGUCAAGCACUUUCCCAUCUGCAUAUUUGGACACUCCAAAUCCAACUUCUAGCUGUGCUCGGCGCAGGGACCUUCUGCCCAUGCCGAGGACUGCACACCAGGAGCCAGGAACUGCGUGCCAACUCUGACUCGCGUCGCUCUGCCCUCUCCUGCAGAAUUAAUUACAGAUGUGCUUGGAUUACUUUGGAAUUACUUUUUUCUAUUAACUCUUAAGUUUACUACAAAGGAAGGAAACCCCUUUAAACAAAGGCAAAAAAAAAAACAAACCAACCAACCAACAAACCAGUCUUAAAUAUAGAUGUGCUGACAACGUGAAGUUGUGGGGGAGUUGGCAGGAGCAGGCAACCUGCCCAAGAACACCUACCACUUACGAGCAGAUAGCUGAGUAACUGCACUGCUUAUUAACCUGAGACCUCAUUGGUGUGAGUGGGCUGGGGGAGCCGUGGAUCAGCUCAAACAGAUUUGCAGAAGUUCGUGUGUGUUCCAUGAGUUUGGCUCCCACUCUGUAUUUCUAGGAGAAAAGGAUGGCCAGUCUUUCUUCCUGCUGCCAAAGGAUGAGAGAUCAGCGAGUCUGGAGGGAGUUCAACUGUCUGGUGUGGAAAACAAAGCCACUUGCAGAGUUAGGGAGGUCUGGAGAGGAGAUCCCCUUCGGAGCAUGAAGCCUGCCAUAGGGAGAGGCAGGUGUUGGUGCUGAAGCGAUGCCUGAGGAGGGUUGGGCAGGAAUAGGAAUUAGGGAAUCACUCAGUACAAGGAAACUCCCGUGUCCCAGGUCUGUGACAAUGACCAAACCUGGCCAGUCUCUGUGUUCCCCAGCUGGCUGUGCUGCUGAGGGGCACCACGUCAGUGGGGUCGCUGCUAUUACAUGCUCACACCGAUUAUUUACCUGUCAAUAAAACCUCGUCCAGCCUCGAAAGGGAAAGGAUUUUUUUCAACAGCUGCAGAUUUUUUUUAAUGCUUUCUAAAAAAAAAAUAAAAUAAAAUAAAAAAUAACAGGAAAAAAUAUUAAUUUGCCAAAAAAACCCCACAAACCCAGGAAGAUGAGCCGUUGUCUGUGGAGUGAUGCAUCACUGUAGUGGCUGGACUGGGAGCCAGGCAGGCAUUCUGUGUGUCCAGCUGCCUUCCUGCCCAUGUGUCACACUGCACACCUGGGGUGGCACAGGCUGCUCUGUCAGGUGCUGGCUGGGCUAUGGGGAGCAGGGUGUUGUUGCAGUGUGAAAGAACAGACAUCUCUGGCAUUUCAGGCUAAGGGACUGAAAUUUCUGAUGGGCCCUUUUGGCUCCCCCCUUGUGGGCAAGCCAGGCUCUGUGAGCAUUUCCAGAAGGCACUUUUCUGAGGGCAGUGAUGCUUUUCAACUCUUUUUUUCUUUUCUCCCUGAACCCUUACCCUUGAGUUUCCAAAGGCGUGGGGAGCCUGCUUUGCUCUGCUCAGCAGGUCCUGCUCUGCCUGGGGCCCAGCUGGCUCCCAGGGCAGGUACUGGUGGUGUGCUGCUGGCAGGGAGCUUCUGAGGUGAGAGCUUGCCUGUCACAGCUUGGGCUGCUUCACCAGCUGAUGUUGUGGAACCUUUCCCAGCACAAGGGCACCCUCCAUGGCCAGGGGCUGGGUAUUCCCUUCAAAUCAGCAGGGAGGAGGACACUGUCCCCAGCCUGGUGGCACGCUGCUGGGUAGGACACAUUGUCUAGCUGCAAUACUGUGUUCCUCCUGCCUGCUGUGGGCUGGCUCCUGGCUGUGGCAGAAGCUGGGCUGUAGGGGGAUGUUGUUGUGUCCCUCAGCUGAUGUUUUUGGGUGACCUGAGCUGAUGCUCUGGGGCUGUACAGCGUUGCCUAGCAGCGGCAGCGUGGGAGAGGGUGUAUAAGCACAUCACAUCUUUAUCGAGGCUGUUGCAUCAAAAAAAAAGCUUUGUAAAAGGAGAUUAGUCAGUGUGUGAUUUCUCCCUUGAAUCUCACACUGUUGUGACAAGGGUGAUUGGGCUGGGCUCCAGCUGUGUGCAGCCUGGGCAGCUCUGGUGGUGCUGCUGCAGAGGUGGGUUGGACUGACUGACUGACUGCAAUAACUUUGUUUACUGGGGGGUGAGGGGAGAACCAUCACUGUGCUCCUCUUUGUAUUUCAACCUACUGUAAAGAAGAAAUCUGGUAGCUAGGACAGGGUUUCCAGAGUCCUGCCUAUCAAAUGUGUGUUGCCCUGCUGUACUCUGUGUGUGUGUGUGUGUGUGUGU